AUGGCCGCCACCAAGUCCGCUGCGUCCGCCGCGAAGAGGAAGGCGGCGAAGAAGGUGUCGCGCAAGAGCCCCGAGUACACGACUCUGCGCAAGAGCUGUGCUCCCGGCGCCAUCGCGAUCAUCCUCGCCGGCCGCUUCCGCGGUCGCCGCGCCGUGAUCCUGAAGCAGCUGCCGCACAACGGCCCGCUGGUCGUGUCUGGCCCGAUGAAGUACAAUGGCGUCCCCAUCCGCCGCAUCGACUCCCGCUACGUGAUCGCCACCAGCACCACGGUGGACAUCUCCAGCGUUGACACGGCGUCCAUCACCGCCGAGGUGUUCCAGCGCCCCAAGGCGGAGAAGCCGACCAAGAGCGAGGGCGACUUCAUGGGCGACAAGCAGAAGGCUAAGGCGGAGAAGGCUGCCAAGAAGACCUCCAAGGCGGGAAAGAAGACCCUUGUGUCGGACGCGCGCGCCCAGCUGCAGAAGAAGAUCGACGCUGCCCUCAUCGCCGCCAUCAAGAAGGACGCUCAGGGCAAGGAAAAGGCCGGCUACCUGCGCUCCGUCUUCACGGUGAAACCCGGUGAUGCGCCGCACCGCUGGAACUGGUAG